AUUAAAAAUAAUUAUAAAAUUGUAUUUAUGGGUGAUGAUACCUGGAACGGAUUAUAUCCAAAUCGUUUUAUGAGAAGUUAUCCUUACCCGUCCUUCAAUGUAUGGGAUUUAGAUACAGUGGAUAAUGGUGUUCGAGAUCACUUAUAUCAAGAACUUAAUCAAACAGACUGGAAUUUACUAAUAGGACAUUUUUUGGGAGUGGAUCAUUGUGGUCACCGUUAUGGUCCAAAUCAUCCUGAAAUGCAAAGAAAAUUAGGAGAAAUAAAUACUGUCAUAAAGACUGUUGUUGAACAAAUUGAUGACACAACAAUGCUUAUUGUUAUUGGAGAUCAUGGAAUGACUAGUACAGGUAUGUAACUUUUAAA